AUGGCUCUCUAUCCCAAGCACAACGAGCGGCGCCUCAGCCUCUCUGAGCCUGGCCUCCGCAAGUCGCGAUUUACGUUUUUCCGCACCGCAGCGCUCUUUGGACUUCUCCUGACUUUGCUUUUUCUGUCACUGUUUUCCUACAUUUUUGGAUCGUUAUACCAACAAGCGGGACACACACACAAUCUCAAUGUUGCGUUUGUGGAUUACGACGGCGGUGGGCAGAUCGGAACUGCAAUUCGCCAGGCGUACAGUGACCUGCGUGAGGAUAACUUUCCAACAUUGAUCGAAUACUCGCCGUUGCGAUAUCCAAAUCCUGCUAUGUUACGCUCGGCAAUAUGCAACACCGACUACUGGGGAGCCCUCUAUAUCUCAAUGAACGCCUCUGACCGCUUAGCAUCCGCCCUAAGCAAUAGCGAGUUUGCGUCAUCAUAUAAUCGAAGCGAUGUGCUUAUUUUCAUAUGGAACGAGGCCAGGUAUCCCUCGAUUGCCGACUCACUGGCUCAGGGAAUGGAAAUCUUGUCGGAGACUGCUCGUAUUGCAUAUACGGAGCCUGGUAGUGCCGGCUCUCACCAAUUCCAAACUGUAAACAGAAGCAGUUUUGACUCUGUCGCGGUCUAUGUUGAUCCCUGGCACCUUGCUUCAAUCAACAUUCAGCCAACCACCCAAGGAUCGCGCCUCAUCUACAACACCCUGGUCGUUAUCUUGAUCCUGAUACAACAGUUCUUCUUCCUGGCUACCAUUAAUGGCCUAUACGUCCAAUUUGGGCUUUUCGGUACUAUUAAAGCAAGACGGAUCGUGAUUUUCCGUUUCUUGAUUUCCGCAGUCUACGCUAUGGCAGGUGCUAUCUGUACAUCUGGGGCCAUCUGGGCUUUCCGUGCUGGAUGGAAAGUCAACGGAAAUCAAUGGGUCCUAACCUCGCUAACACUCUGGCUCUUUGGACAUCUGAAUUUCCUCACCCUUGAUGUCUUUGCGGUUUGGCUACCACCGGCUUUUCUGCCGAUGGGUCUUACCACUUACCUGGUGCUAAAUGUGACCUCGAUCCUCCUACCAUUCGAGCUAUCACCGGCAUUCUAUAGGUGGGGAAAUGCCUUACCAGCUCACGCAUGCUACAAUAUUCUUGUUGAUAUCUGGUCUGGUGGCUGUAAUCCCCAUCUCGGUUAUGCUUUCCCAGUCCUGUUCGCCUACGAGCUUUGCAGUGGGAUUUUGAGCGGGCUUGGUGUUUAUAGACGAGCACACUAUGCGGUUGUGACAAUCGAACGAGAAGAAAGCACCUGGCAGGAGAGAACAGAUAAGGCAAUUGAAGAGUUUACCAGAAUGCCAGCCCCGCCAAUGGAAGGAAAAUUGUCACAAGGAAUGGACAUCGAUGUAGUUCAGCCCAAUGGCGUGGUCAACGAGGAACUCAAUCGUGAGGCUUUAGCUGGCCGCGAAGCGCUGGUCGGCGAAUUACGACGGGCGACAUCGCAGAUGGCUAGGGGCCAGGAAACUUUACGGCGGAAGGAGUCCCUAGGCCCAUCAUUUACUCUGGUAUAG